AUCCACGUUGCGCGAGCUGGUCACUUGUUUACUCACAACUCUGAUGACCAUCUCGGUUCAGUCAGAAGCUUCGAAAGACACGGAGAACCGGGCAACAACGGACAGUGCGUUAAAGCGUGGGCUUCGUACACUGAUCACGAACAGUGAAGCACUGCCCACAUUCCAAAUGGCUGUCAUGCAUCUGACCGCGCUCAGGGAGAUGUUCGCCCGGAUACCGUAUAUUACUCGUCACAUGAAAGAUUCAUCCAGUCUGUCUUUGAUCACUUUCUUGUGGAAAUCGGAUCCAGUCUCACCGACCUGCGAUGAUCAGCACCCAUCGGCUACGGAAAAAGCUCUGUCAGAUACGGCUAUUGUCAAACAAGAUGAAAUCCCGGGUGAACUAAUGGAAUAUUGCCUCACCUUUUUGGAGGUGGUGUACGAGGCGGUGGAGAACCAAAAUGAGGCCGUUUCAUCCACUGAGGAUGAAGCACUCGUAGAGACGUCAGUUCUGCCAAGCACAUCCACCGAUUCGGCUGCGUUAGGUCUCCUACAGUCCGCGUUGUUCUCAAAAGAUUGCAGUACCGGCUUAUUGAACGGGUCCGGUGCCACUUGUCUGUCCAGUUGGUCCCCAUUGCUAGACGCAGAGUUGAGGCUAGACUGUAUCGGUGAUCCGUGGCAAGAUAUGGAAGUUCUGAUUGUUCAAACGUGCCUUCGCCUUCCUCGAAUUUUGCUGCUGUUAUUGGAUUCCGGUGCAGCCGGGCGUCUGAUCAGUCGAAUGUCCUCACGCAAAACCACCAGUCUCCCAGCUGAGAUGGAGAGCCGUUGGUGUUCUGUCCUGUACAACUACAUGGAGCUGAUCACCAAUCCAGAACUAUCGAAUCUCAACAAAGGUAGCGCUUUAGUACAAACCAAUCAUGCAGUUCGUCUCGGUUUUCUAGAUCGAUCCUAUCCACAUGACAAGGAAAUGGCUGAGCGCUUUGAAAGUUUAAUACGAUCGCUCCUAGUAAGAAUUGUCGGCCCUAAGCAUUAUCGCCAGCUGCAGGACAUUCAUCGACUGGCACAUUGGAUACAACGCGCGCGAGACACGUGUGUGAAUGUAGGCGGUUUUCUCAGCUCACCUCAACAACAACAACGACAAGUGCAGCAGCAGUCGUCGCAGCAAUCACAAACACCGCAACAACAACAACAACAACAACAACCAGCUUCGUCCUACGUCCCUCAAAUGCUUCGACUAAACUCACCGACUGGUUUUGAUGCUGUCGCGAUGCAAAGCCUAGAACCGUUUUCCACACAGUUACGUCUACCGUAUAACGCCCAACGCGAAAUUUUGCAUACCAUUUCUUCGUGCUUGUCAAUCGCUUACAAUCGGCCACAUUGCUGGCAGCGUUUCUGUCUCAAAUGUCCAGAUACGCUCAUAUUUUUGGCCCACGCCAGUCUAGUUCUGGAUCGAGAAAUCUCUCGAAAUAUGUUAAUUCUUAUUCAGUUGGCAGUUGCUUCGUCUACUAUCAGCGCAAAUCAAUGCCAAGAUCCAUCCGUCAAGGGCCCCCAAGUAUCGAGGUCGGAUGGCGUUUCACACACGGCCGAAAUGCGACUGGCACUUAGCAUGGCUCGACACUUGAUUCCCACUCCUUCCGCUCGCGUUUCCACUAGCGGUUCGGAUGCGCUUCCCGAUCAACCCGCAGGCCUGACCUCAACCGUACAGCCCCUGCUCGUUUCACCACUUCUAUUCCAAUUUAUUCGGGUUUUCCUUUGCCAUUGUCCGGAUUCGACAAUUAGAACCUCCGCUAUGCAUGUGGUGCGCGCAAUCUACAAAUCAAUGUCAUCACAAACACAACGCCGUUUGUUACAAGUGAUGCCUCUAAUUUGGCCCGAACUGUCCACAUUCGCUCCGUAUGCGACUCAGUUCGUUCGAUUGACCACCGAAAUGCUCAUCGAUCAUCCGACUUGGUCGGGACGACCGGCUUUCCUGUACCGUGUAGUUCAGCUAAUGCUUCGACGUUUGGAAGCAGUGCGACGUCAUCCCCGCCGAACAGUGUAUACCAGCAUUAUGCAUUUGGUCCAACCUCCACGAGACAACCCACCUCAGAUUACUGCAGAUGUCACCACAUUACGCCGUAUCAUCCCGGAACUAACGACGCAGAGGUCGACCCUCACAGCUGAGGCUGCUGUUUCGCGUUCUUGGUCUGCUGUGGCCAGUCUUAAGCCACCUCCACCGCCACCUACCUCAGCACCCACCGCCCAAAUCAGUAAUUCCGUCACACCGGUUUCCACACCGACCACUGAAGUUUCCAAUACAGACACAGAUCAUACAACCGAAAACGAUGAACUCGGUCUUGGCGGUCUGGGGUGCGUGUUGGAACUCGAACCGUGUCUGAUGUGUCAUUCAAAGGCUGUGGAAGAACCAUCUUAUGUAAUCCUACGCUGGGACUCGGAACCAGGCAGUUCACGUUUACCAGUUCGAGUGGUUCAUUUCGUCAUACCGACACACUACGGGAAAUUCGUGAGCCAUUUAGAACAAGCUCUGUCUCAGCAGCAACAGUUACUGGGCAAGCAGAGUACUUCUACCUCUUCUGCGAACCCUUCGACUCCCGCCGUGUCCGGUCAGCAAGCCGGCACAAUCGGAAUUACUCCAACAAGCGGUAAUCAUUCAACCACUACUGUGCCACCGGCUAUAACCAGCUCUGUGCCUUUUAACUUCCUCUACAAGCGUCCACGUUACGUCCGCACCUUGAACAUCUACACAAGCGAUCUGAUAGAGCGUUCCACUUCCCGAUUGGUUCAUGAACCUGCACUGUGGCAGAAAGUAGCCACUGUACAUCUCGCACCGAAUCAGACCGCGGUGUGUCUGUGCUUUGCGCACCCCUCACCAGUCCCGUCGUGGUUAGGUUGCAAAGACUACGCGACAGAUGUGCGUUUCAGCCCGGAACGUUUGCACAUCGGUGGUCCUUCCUCGGUACAGCGUGUGAACGUGGGUCAUGGUUUGCCCAUUCGAGCCUCUCGACUGAUUUUCGAGUAUGCCGAGUUCCAUUCGACGGGGGCCGAGGCGAAACGUGUUUGUCCCCGCUGUCAUGCAUCGAAUCUGUUAGGCAGUACCUGUUUGGCGUGUCACACGAACCCCGUGCUAUGCUGCAGUCGAGCCAUUACACGAUCGAGAGGAUCGAGAUUCCGCCUGCCGACAAAUUGUCAUCCUGUCACGAGUCCUGUUCUCCAAUGCGUUCAAUCUGGCCGAACCAAUCCNCAAAUGGACAUUGUUCAGUGCUUGAAUGAGCUUGCCAUGGCUCCUCUCGGAACGGAUUGUGUAAAAUUGCAGCCAUUGAAUGCACAAUAUGCUCCCGAGGACACCGUAGCUCCGAAGCGGUUAUCGACCUCGAGGGACAAAGCCCUGUUGGCCUCACUCACCGCUUCCACUUCGUCCGUGGGUUCGGUGAACGCGACUUUGGCACGCUUGGCCUCAUGUGUGACUGAGGCCAGUGCAAUCAGCCUGGACACUGCUGCAAUUACACGUCGGCUGUGGGCCACACGACAAUCGGUCAUGGAGUUUGAUAUGGCCCAACAAAAAUCCAGCCAAGCAAUAAAGGACUCUUCUGGGCAUUGUUGGUGGCCCGAUUACGAAGCUUUGGAUAAGAUGUUUGAUCCUCCUGUUGGUGGGUGUUAUUCAUGUUUAUUGAACGCCAUCCUUCACUGUGGCCGGCUGCUGUUGGGUGUAGCCGAGCACAGUCUAACCGAAGACCUCCCGGACAACAACGAUAACAAUCACUGGCUUUUUGGCUGCGGUUCAACAGACGUGCCCAAUUCAGUCCCUGAGUUCAAUCAAAAGUCUCAGGUGCCGUUGUUGCAGCAACUUGUCACUGCUUUGACCGAAUUCGGUCUGAGUGUCUAUCCUCGUCGGAUUCAGUCAGAGUUACAGUCGCUGAUUAUCCAACUUACUCGAGAUAGUCCACCUUUGAUCUCGCAUCUCGGUCAGCAUGUGACCACUCGACUGGUGCAGGCCGCAUCAUCAUGUCACGGCAAUCAAGCUCAUCUGGUUUCGUCACUUGUUCUUAGUGAUGUGUCACUCCUGCAAGCAAGUGUAGAAACCAUACUGCCACGCGCUUCUCCCACUGAAAUACCGGGACACAUGCGCCCGAUGGAUAAACGUGCAACGGCUUGGGAAAUGCGCCUUCGUCCAUUGUUCCGCGUUAUUGUAGGCUUAACUAAACCGAGUCGUAUCAAUCGAGUGGAUACUGAUUCGACGACGAGAUCAACUAACCCGGCUACGUUGAAUCCGCCCAUCGUUCAAACGAUUCUGCUACCUCUUUUGGAAACGCUUGAAACGUUAGCUGCCCAUGGUCCUGCUACUCAGAGUCUCGGUACUUCCGUGUUCAGUACGCAUCAUGUACCGCGGGAAACACCCACACCGAAUCACUCGUUGAUGGAACAAGCUAAAGUGAUGCAACUCGGUGCCAAAGGGGAGACAAGACCUCCAAGACAUCCGAUUACAAGUGGUUUGUCGACCAUAGUUGGAAGCCGUGGAAUCCCUCCUGUAAAUUUCAACGCGUGGUUGAAUGAGUACCCUCAUGCAUUGUAUUCUGCCUGGAGUGAUCGUCUGUCCAAUCGGUCGCACUCAACCGUUGUUGGAACAGACGUCGCGGUCGGCGGUGCAAACCAGAACAAUCAAGAACAACAAUCCGCUGAGUACACAGGAUUCGCUAACAGUCGACAAAAAGCACUAGCGAAUCGCUUCGCAUCGCGCUGGCGUGCUGUUGUCAGCGAGCUUCGUUGGGCUAGAAAAUGGGGUAUUGCACUCAAUCAACCCCUCACUCAUUGUCCUUCUCCUAAUGAUCCGAUUCCUUCGGAUAAUUGGCUAACAACAGUCCUAUUCGACCCUCCGGAUGCAACUGCACGUGCGGUCCACGUGUGUAUGAACCUAUUGAAAACGCUCAGCACAUGCCCUAACCGGGCACGGAGACAAAGUAAAUCUUCCACUUCUGCACCGACUCACAAGUCUCGUCAUUCCGCAUUGUUCAACCUUUGUAUGAGACGUCGUCGAUUAAUACUUCGCUACCUCACCGAAACUUGUUUACCCCGAUUGAAUGAACUGGCCUCGGCUCGGGGCUCAGCAGUAAUGGCCGAUCCGUACGGUUCCUAUUCUCCAUUGCCCUCGAAUGCAGCUCUACUUAAUGCGGGCAACGCGUUCAUCUUCAAAUUCCGCCAAUUGAUUGGAUCCCCCGACUCACCUGGCUCUGGUUGUCCCUCUUCCGUUGAAAACACAGAAUCCGGACCCGCUCCACUUGUGUCCUAUUUGUUAGUCAAGGUCAACUUUUUGAGUCACGUCGCGCGACUAGUCGAACGUUUAUUGGUUCAAAUGCAGCGUCUGGAAUCAACAACCCUUCGACAUUGGAAUGAGCUUGUGGCAGCCACCAUGGGUCCUGUGAGCGGUACGGGUGCUCUGAAUGGAAGUACACCAAGUCAUACCAUUGCUCUUGUUGCCGAAUUGCUUCGCAUCCUGGAGCCCCUAACAACUUUGAACGUCCUAUCCCAGUAUUCACUAACAGAUCACCAAGCCGCCUUGUACCUGUGGAAACGGAUGUGUGUGCCGGUUUGUCCGUUCGACACGGACCAAGCUGUGUUCAAUGUUAGUUUGGAAGUGUGGCGUGGUCACGAAGACUAUUUGCUCACCCGAUCCCGGACUGAACUCGUCUCUUCUGACACUCGGGGAUUCGGACCGACUAUCCACGAUGUGAUUGAUUAUAUCUGUACAGGCAAUAACUUAACCACUGAUAUGCGCCUCGAGAUCGUAUGCGAAAAUCAGAUCCUUAUGCCAGAAUUACGAUUACAAGAUGUCUACACCCAAGUUUGGUGCGCCAAUCGAAAUAAUACGGAUAAGCCAAUGCGUCUCCUGUAUCGCAUACCCGGUUUGGAGGCGGACAAUUUGCCCUAUGUGGAACAACUUGACGCUGUCAAAGUACCACCGGAACAGUACUCUCAUCUCAGUGUGCUCGCCUCACAUCCUCACGGUUUGAGUGGUCUGCUCAAACAGUUGGGCACAAUCGAAGAUCCGGUACAAACCCGAGACCUGAUGAAUGUCAUAUUCCACAUUCUGGGAUUCUGUUUGAAGAUAGAUGAAUGUCGGGCAAAAAUAAUCGACCCAGAACUGAAGUGA